UUAAAACCAACUCUUGUAGAUUGUUGUAUAAAUUCAUGUGUGGCAUUCACAGGCGAGCUUAUUAACAAAAAUAUUUGUCCAGAAUGUAAAGAGCCACGUUAUAAAGUUGAUGAAGAAUCUCAAAUAUCUCGAAAAAAAGCUGCUUAUUGGUCACUUAUUGAUUCAUUUCAGACCCAAUAUAAAGAUAAAACUCGUGCAGAAAUUCUUCGUUACAGAUAUAAUUAUACUUCUACUUAUGAAUAUACUCUUGGUAAUCAGAUAGGUGAUGUAUUUGAUGGCCUUCAAUACAAAACUUUAGCCACAUCUGGUUUCUUUUCAGACUGUCGGGAUAUAGCUCUAAUGGCAUCAAUUGAUGGAUAUCAAAUUUUUCGUCAAAAAAGAGAUGAUUGU